CAUGUACGUAUACAGCCCUCGGAGCUACCAAUAUCGUCAGACGAGAGAUCAGCUGCAUGAUUUCCCAACAAGGUGUCGAAGCUAUCUAUUCGCCGCAUCAAUUUGGCCAAGACACUCCCGUGUGCGUGCCGAGUUUCAUUUGACACAAGGGGCUCGACUUGGACGGUCCUUGCUCCAAUUUACGAGAUGUCGUCUGUAAAGUACAUGAGUGGCUUUUCGGAUACAAUGGAUUGGCGUCCUGUUGAAUUUGUUGACCUUCCUUCCAACCGGUCGUGUUCUUUAUGUCACGUGGUAUCAGGAAAGGUGUUCAUCCUGGAAUGUUCCCACGCACUGUGCAAUCACUGCUACCAAACCGUUCUGCGAGGCAACAGACAAUGUCCCCUGGACGGAGGACCGAUUCAAGAAGACGAAGUUCAAACGUUCGCAUUCAAACCAAGCCAUCUUAAGAAGCAGAAGAUGCGCUGUUGCAACUCCGGUCAUGGAUGCGAAUUUCUUGGCGUUUUAGACGAAGUGACGACUCAUUUCUUCAAGGAUUGUGCUUUCCACGUUGUGACGUGCAACACAUGCAAUGCUGCGAUCUUACGCAAUGGCAUCGUCCGUCAUUACACUGAACAACGGUGUCAGGCAGCAAGUUAUUCAACGAACGACGGAGACCUUGUAGGAAUCAACGGGAGCAUUGUCGAGACUGAAAGCAAGGUGAACGCUGCAUUGGACGCUGCCAUGGAAAGACUGUGCGCGAUUGAGACGCAGCUCAACGUUCACGUUCUUAGCAUAGAGAGUGCAAAGCGAGGCAUAUCUGCGAAUGGGCGGGCGUUAAGCAGACUCCUCGACCUGCAGGAGCAAGCAUCUGGUGCCAUGACGCAGCAUGUCGAAGAAUUGUCGAAGCGCGUGGAUAUCGGAAAACGUGUGUCGUCGGAUGUUCUUUCGGGGGGCACAGUAACGUCCGCAGAGAUUGUUAGUUGUAUGUCGUCCGCUGGGGAGAGCAGCAAUGAGGUUGACGACGCCGAAGAGGGCAGAGGUGCCUCUGUGCAAGACUCACCCGAUCGAUGUGCAUCUGACGCUACCGACGAUACGAAUAAGGUUGAGGAGACCUUAAAACUUGUGCUUCAGAGUUGCGAGCGGAUUCAUUAUCUCGAAGGAAUGUUAAGCGAGCUCCAGAUUUGUAAUCGUUUGAGCAAUAGCCUCGCCUAUUUUCACAUUCAGGACUUUGCCGAUAUCGAGAGAGAAUCGCUGACCAAGGAGCUCGUAACUCGCGCCUCUGAUGUUUUCCAGUUGUUUGGCUACUCUGCUAAACUGCAAGUGGAAACCACGAGACGCAACGGCGUUACGUACUUGGGUGUUUUUCUCUGUCUUUGCCACGGUCCAACAGAUUCUUGCUUGAAGUGGCCCUUUACGUUGCCUUAUACCGUGAUGCUGGUUCACCCAACUUGCGAGAAGAACAAUAUUGAGCAUCGCGUUUGGAACCACGAAAAUAUAGACGGGUGGAGCCAUUUUUCCAGGAGGCCACUGGGACAUUCCAACAGGGGCCUUGGCAGGUCUCUAUUACGCAAGCUAGAAGAUGUAGCUAAGCAAGGUUUCGUGCACAACAACUCGAUAACUGUUGGUGUAAGAAUCCUAUAACAUGUUUAUUCUAAUGUGGUGGCGGCGUUUACAUUAUUGUACCGCAUUGGUAAAUUCGUUCGGCCUUGCAAUGGAUAAUGACAACUCCGGACGGGGGAUAGGAGGAUACUCAUUCAAAAUGUUGUUAUAGCUAUCAAAUUUGCGAAAUCCAUCCACACUGACGUAAGACAAUAAACUUGUGAAGGAGAAAAAAAAAUCCAAUUGGUGGUUUUCAAAUGGGUGACACAAGACUACCGAUCAUUUGUGCGUGUUCAUAGGUUUCUAAGAAGUGGUAUCACAAGAAAUAAGGAACUGACACGAUUUGUAUUGUUGGUUUGAAUAAAGUUGACAUUUUGUUUGAUUGAAAGAUAA